AUGACUGAUAACGUGGCUGCGCCGAAUGAUGAUCAGAAUGUUGGACUGCCAGCUCUUAAUGAAACGGCAACUGCUGAGGACGUCGAGAUGGACGAGGAUCCGCUAUGGCUCGAUGAGGAUCUUUACCUUCAUCAACUGGCUGAGCAAGCUCGCAUUGAGGAAAUGGACAUGGAUGAUGGGUCAAUUGUUCCUGAGAUUGUCGUUGGGUCUGCAGACAAUCAUGUCGUCCCCUUGGGCAACGCUCCGCGCAUUGGACGCUUCAAAGUGAUCAAGCCAGUAGUUCAUCGACCAGUCACUCGCUCACAGGACACUCAGGACAUCGGGAUUCACACUCGCUCGAAGACCAAGACAGUGAAUAAGCCUAAGACUAGUGCUUUCAUUGUCGCAUCCUGCUUUAUUGCAGCUGAGAUGAUGAUGAUGAUGAUGAAUCUUUUUAUUAUAGUCUAUUUGCAACAACUAGGUUAUGACAGACUGUCUCCAACUUCUUCCACCAAUAUGUUUUUUUUUAUCUCCAUUUUUCUAAUCCAACUUCAAUUUUUCCAUCUCCCUGAUAGGAUAUCCAAGUAUGCCUGCCUGAAGUGGACGACAAGCUAUCCAGUAGGUGCUUCAGUUCAACCAUUGCCAGAAAGGGAAGGCGUGUAG